AUGACACAAUUAUCCAAACCCAGGAAACAUCCCAAGUUGACCCCGUCCGGACUCAUCGAGUCCACUACCCGCAGCCACCCUAUUCCAAACGCAACCGGGACACUUGCGGUCUACACACAGCAAUCUCACUCGCGCCAAGCGCCCACAGCCCAAAGCCCACGCGCAAUAUACGUCGUGGACCUUGAUACAUCACGGUCGUGGCCGAUUUCCAACACCGCUACUGCGUACUCUCCAAAAUGGCUCGCCGGCCAGAGCGAUCACUUGAUCUGGCUGGAGCAGCUCCCGAGUGGGCAUACGCGGUUUGUGAUUGCGGAUGCACGGCUGCAAGCGCCUGCGUACGUUGCUGGAGAGCUUCCGGGGCAAGUUUGGGAUCUGCGCACGGCGGGUGUGGCCGUUGAGGAGGAUGUGGGCCUUUAUGAUCGCCUUUCGCUUGCGGUGGUUGGGAAGGCCAACCCGGAUGGAACGCUGCAUAGCCCAGGUGAUGAUCAUACACAUUCGAGAGACGUCGUUUGGUUUGGAUGUCUUGUACGUCCGCCGGGGUCCCCGAAUAGUCGAUACUCUCUUCUGAGGGUCAUAAACCUGAUGACAUACUACAACCUGGGUCCAGAGGUAUCACUGCAAGCAUCGCCACGGAAUGAGAGCAACGAAGAGGGGGGGAUUUCUCGAGAUUGGUGCAUGACUUCAAGUGUGAUUAUGUUUGUCACCAAAGACCCUGACCUACCCGGACCAGGCCACACAGCCUCUGUCUGCUACGUCUGCCAAAUCUUCGACUGGACCGGACUAACUCCACAUGAUUACCACGCGAUCGCGCAUCACGGACUCGGAGGGGCCAUCACAUCCCCCAUUGCCGAUCGGAAAGGCGCGGUGGCCUUCUUGUCCCAGAAAUGCGAUGGCUAUGCUGCUGAUAAGAACCGCAUUAUCUGGAUCGAUGAUCCCGAUGGCCGGCGGUAUAGGGAGAUUUUUGCCUCGCCCGAUGGGAAGGGGGGGUGGGACCUGAGUCCCUCGAGUAUCUCCUUUGCAGGCGACGGGACGCUGCUUGUUCUGGUCGAGGAAAAGGGCCAGCGUGCGCUAUACCAGCUGAAUCCCAUCCCCUACCCACACGAACCGACUCCUGCAGAUCUGAGACGGGUGGAACAGGCGCAUUACUCAAAGUGGAGCUCUGUCGUCGACGUCUCACCCCUUAGUGAGAAGAAAUCCUCCCAAAUCCUCAUCACCUACGACAGCUUCAUCCACGGGAAGAGAUCGAUGCUCAUGGCUCUCCCAUCCAGCGGCGGCCGCGGCGCACGGAAUCUCUCCAUCGACGACCUCCGAUCCGACCUGUCUAACGACCAGAUCGAGCAGAUCUGGUUCACUGGCGCCAACAAGCACCGUGUUCACGUGAUCAUUCCCAAACCUCGCCCUCCUCGCCGAACAAGGGUAAUCGUCGUCGCACCAAACAUAACGGGGAGCAUCGGCUACGGCGAGGACUUCGUGAACGGUACCCGGCAUUCAUUUGCGGGCGCCCCCUACCUCGACCUCGAAGCCGGUUUCGCAUACCUCGAAAAAGGCUCGGUCCCCUACAUCGAUACCACCCGCGCCAUCGCACUCGGACACGGGUACGGCGGGUUCCUGGUAAACUGGAUCCAGGGCCAGCCGCUGGGCCGGAGGUUCCGCGCGCUUGUGAGCUGUAACGGAGUCUUUAAUAUAAUGUCCUACCUCUCCGGCGACGAACAGCAUUUACAAUCAGUCCUGCAAGAGAUGGACGGGCCGCCGUGGAGCGGCGCGGCGCUGGACGAGUGGAAGCGAUGGGACCCCGCGAUGCAUUUAGGGAAUUGGGGGACGCCGCAGUUGAUUAUCCAUGGAGCUUUGGACGAUGUGCAUCCGGUAUCGGAUGCGGAUGCGGCGGUUGCGGUGUUGAGGACGAGAGGGGUGGAGAGGGGCUUUUUGCGGUUUGGGGAUGAAGGGCAUGUAGUGAAGAAGGGUGAGAAUUUUGCGCGGCUGUAUGAGACUGUUCUUGCUUGGCUGGAGCGGUUUACAAGGUAA